AUGUGACUGUGGUCUGUGUUUGUUGCGUAGUUUGGGUGGUUUGGGUUUGAGUUGUCGGAUGUAGCGUGUUGGUGGUGCAUUCCUCAUAGACACUCAAGAUAUACUCAUAAUUGUGGAAAAUCAAUUUCAUAAAUCUGUUACAGAGAACCGGUGAUCGUCAAUGUUUUCGCUACAUAACUGACGAAAGGAAUGCCGCGGUGCUCCUAAGCAACGACAAAGUUCCUGAAGGAUGAUAGGGCCGAGAAAAAGAAAAGGCAACCAUUGAAGAAGCCUGCAAAGUGCGUACGCUAUGUAUCGGCAUGAAAAACCUUAGCUGUGAAGAUGCUGAAAAAGUAGGUGCACAUCUAGGGGUGUGUAUCCCAUCAAAACGACCACGAAGAGCCAUGGCACAACCGCUUGGUACCCUUUUGCAAGCAUUCAAAGAUGCUAUCUUUUCACGUUUGGAAGUACUCGAAAAAAGAGUGGAUAUCCUAAAUGACGAGUACCAAGCAUUAGAAGAAAAAGUGAAUGUGCUUUCUGCAGGAUGUCAAAUGAACUCUACAGUCAACGGAAGCCUUGUUGGGUAUUUAAAUGUGCUGUGUACUGUGUUAGGCUCCAAUGCAGUUGCAAGCCUUGAUGAAGCAGGAGCUGCUCUCGUUGCUGGAUCAAGUGUGACUCUGAUCACAUUGAACACUGAAGCUGACUUUCCUAAUGGCUCUUGGCUGGGAGAUGAGGGCAAUCCAGAUAUGCGUGUGCGAUGUCCAAUUCUGCCGACAACACUGUUCCAUAUCAACACCACAUGUACCACUCCAGAAAAGAUGGCCCUCACGCUGCUUGAUCACCUUUUUGACCGAGAAACUCAAGCUCGUUCCAACAUCUCUGGUUCUGGGAAACACAAGAAGCAACAGCUCGAUCCUCUUAUGAUUUAUGGCAUCCGAUGUCACCUAGUUCACAUGUUUGAUGUGAACAGCUCAGAUUGGGAUCGAAUCAAGCUUAACAUUGAUUCCAAGUGCCGAACUGCAUUUCGUCGCAAGAAGAAAGGUUUGCCCCUUGCCCCAAAGGUGGUCUCACACAGUACGACAGCUGGAGAAGCACAGUCAGCAAGUGGCAUCUCAGGUGGAUUCGGCUCUAGCGAUGCCGAGGUCUCUGAUGAUAGUAUGAAUAGCAUCGAAUUGGUGCCUCAGGCAUCAGAGUUUUGCACCUUCUCGCUACAGACUGUUGAGGAUAACGCAACUGAGGGUUCAACAUUGGCUGCCAUGGUGCCAGAGGGCCAGGUGAUCUGCACUGAACAUGGGGAUUUUCAGGUGGUACAUGCUACCCCUGAACAAAUAGCCCAAAUUCAACAGACCCACCAGCUACAAAUUUUGACUGAUGGUCGAAUUUUGGCAAUGCCUGUUGAUAGCGGGAGUGCAGAAGAUGCUGCUGCGAGCACCAUUUUGCAGAAGGAUGAUCUGGCUGGUCAGUGACUACAAGCUGGAGAAGUGUUAAUGUCACUUGAACUGGCAUGCGGUCUCCGCAAAGGAACAAUGCUUUUCCCUGUUCCCCCUAAAACAUGUUGGCUAAAAGCUUAAUGUCUGUCAUUUUAAACAUCAUGUCUAGAUUGUGUUCAAUAAAAUGAAGUUAUGGUUUACAAGACU